CUCAAUUGUCAAAAGAUCGCACCGCACCGCUGGUUUGUCUAUAGCCUUUGGAGAACCAGGCCACACUUAUAGGACUAAACCUUUAACCAAACCUUUGUUUCUUUUCAUCAGGGGAUGAGUUGGGAUAUCCAGCCGUUUAGCGCGCGCACCUCCGAUUACCGAGCCUCUAAAUCAAGUAUUAUUUCAAACGGGCGAUAUAGUAUCAUAUGUUACUCAGCGGGUUCCAUUUCCUUGAUGCGCGCGAGCAGGACCUCGAUGGCAUGAUGCUCCCGAGCCCGCUCACUUCCACGCCGUUCUCAGUCAAGGAUAUUCUGAAACUCGAACAGCUAGAGCAGCAGCAGCAGAGGCAGCGAUCUCAACAGCACCAAUCUCGACAUCUGGACCCGCUACAGAUCCAACACCUGUCCCACACCCAACAACACUUAGUACACCCGGACUCGACCCAGCAACAGCAGACCCAGUCCCAGCACUUCCAGGCGCCGCCGUCCUGUAUGCUUGCUUCAGCGGUCGACAGCCCUCCGUUCUCGGACGGGGAAGACAACAUGGCUUACCUGAGUUCUCUGGCGGCCCAGGACGGGCAUGGAGAGGCCAGUCUGUCCCCGGAGAUGUUCGUCCAUCCCGGGAUGGGUCACCUGAUCGACCCGAAGCUGGAGGUAGACCUGGAGGAUGAGGAAAACAAGAGCUGUGGCGUGGUGUCCAAGCCGCUGGAGGGAGAGGACAGCGGCCAGGGGGACUCGGAUCGCCCGGCCAAGCAGAGAACCAGACGGAAACCCCGGGUCCUCUUCUCCCAAGCCCAGGUGUUCGAGUUAGAGCGGCGCUUCAAGCAGCAGCGGUACCUGUCCGCUCCUGAACGAGAACACCUGGCGAGCACUCUCAAACUCACCUCCACGCAGGUCAAAAUCUGGUUCCAGAACCGACGGUACAAGUGUAAGCGGCAGCGGCAGGACAAAUCCCUGGAGCUGGCAGGACACCACCACCCUCCCCCGCCAAGACGAGUCGCGGUGCCGGUCCUGGUCCGGGAUGGGAAGCCCUGUCUGGGCGGGACUCAGAACUACAAUGCUCCGUACGGGUCGAACCCCUAUAGUUACAACGGAUACCCGGCCUACACGUACAACAACCCGGCAUACAACAGCAAUUACAGCUGUACUUACACCAGUAUCCCUUCUCUCCCCCCAACCACCACGGCUAACCCCUUCAUGGCCAUGAACUUGGGGAACAUUGGGGGGCUUAGCGCCUCUCCACAGCCCCAAACGCACCAAGGGACAGCGGUCACGACAUGUCAGGGCUCACUGCAAGGGAUCCGGGCCUGGUAGCCCCACUCCGGUUACACCUUGGAUAAAACCAGAGCAUUGUUUUACACCCACACCGGUGACAUUAAUCGAAUCCUCUCAUGCCGUUUUUUUAAAGGGUUCUUCCCCUUUUUAAAAUAAAGUGAGUUAUUUCUCUGC